AUGGCCACCUUUGGUCGUGGUCCCUCAUCCGAUGGAACAAGUUCGGAUUUACUCGAACAUCCGCACGCUUCCCGCGUCGAAUUUUCAUUAAUCAAACUCCUUUACCAAUCAAUAAUCCAGCAGCGGUUAUCGUGGGAAACAAUGGCAUCUGAAGCUAGAACAAGACCGCCUGCAGACAUGUUUAUGGACUGCCGCGGAAGGCCACCAAGCGAAAAAAAAAAAGGUCAAACACUUGAAGAUAGUGUGCCUAGACUUCUCAAACGAAUGUGUAGAAAGAAGAUCAGGAAUUGA